AUGAUGGAUGUUGAAACCCGGGUUAUCGUAAUUGGCGCUGGUCCUGUCGGCCUAUUCACAGCGCUUAUUCUUGCGCAAAGCGGGAUAGAUGUCGUGGUCAUUGAUGCAGUCGAGGGCAUCAACCAGUCUUCUCGUGCAGUAGCCUACUUUCCCCCGGUCCUCGGAGAGCUUUCGAAAGCAGGCAUUAUCGACGACGUAAUUGCCGGAGGAGAAAAGAAUGCAGAUGGCUGUGAUUGGAAAACGGCAGAUGGGUCCCUUAUAACUGGCAUUGACCCCCCUCCAGAAGACACGACGUUUACGGUGUGCCUCUCUCAGCCAGAAUUUGGCGAGAUACUGAGGAAAAUAUUUGUCGAAACUCGAAAUGCUAAGAUCCACUUCAACGAAGAAUUCCAGCGUUUAGAACAGCGUGACGAAUUCGUCGUGUUUUGGACCAAGCAGGGCAAUGAUGUUACCGAACAUACCUGUCGAUAUUUGAUUGGGGCAGAUGGUGGACACAGCUCUGUGAGGCAAAGCCUUGGAAUCCACCUCGAAGGUUAUAAAUUUGAGCGGCUACAAUUUGUUGCUGUAAACUUCCAAUAUGAUCUACGGAAAGCAGGAUGGAAGGCCGCAAACUACAUUGUGGAUCCUGUUGACUGGGGCAUCAUUGUCAAACAUGGAAAGGGGGCACGCUGGCGAUUUGCCACAGGAUUCCAGACUGAUACCCCGAAGAAAGACAUAUUGGACGCCACCGUGAACACGGUAAAGAAACGUUUGUGUCGUAUUCUUCCCGGUGAUACUUCCAAGAUCCAGUAUGAAGCUGUGGCCCCCUAUGUUGUACACCAACGAUGUGCAAGUCGCUUCCGGGACAGGAAUGUGCUUUUGGCUGGCGAUGCGGCGCAUCUCAACAACCCUGUUGGCGGCCUUGGUCUAACUACUGGUUUACUCGAUGCUGCUCAUCUAGCUAAGGCUUUGAAUCAGGUUCUCUUACAAGCAGAUGAUCCCGAGGUUCUCACAACUUAUUCUGAUGUUCGACGGCAAAUAUUCCUUGAGAAAACUCACCCUAUGAGCACUUCCAAUUUUCUGAGGCUUCACUCGCAAGAUCCUGAACAUGUUAAAGACAGAGAAGAGCUAUUUGCCAGGUUGAAAGAUCAGGGGGACUUUAUCAGUAAAACACAGAUUGGGUGA